GUAUGUUAAUCAGUAGCAUGUGGGGAGCUCCGGCUCGGGCGGCUCAGUCCUCCGCGAGCCGACACUGGAGGCAGCAGGAGCGGCGGCGGCGGCGGCCCGGACCCGCAGCGCCGCACUCUCUCAGCGCCGCCCGCUCCGACGGCAUGGCCCGCAGCCCGCGCUCCGGGCGCCCCCAACCUCGCUGAGAGCCGCUGCGGUCCCGGACCCGCGCUUGGGGCCGCGAGCCGCCAGGAUGAGCCUCUCCCAGUGGUGAUCGCCACUCGGGAAUGCGGGUGUGAAGGGUCCGAGCUGCCGCCCAGCGGGGGAGAGACCCCGGGACGCCGGAAAUCACCAUCCCGAAGCUGCGAGAAGAAGGCGGGGGGAAAGAGAGCAUUCUUCAGUUGGUGUGCCUUGUGGGGAAAAAAAUUUUUUUUUAAUCGUAAUUUUAAAAAAAAACAACAAAAAACAUUUCCGUGCUACUGUCUGUCAUCAUCUCUGGGGAAAUCAGCCAGAACCACCAGAACGUAACUGAAACCAGACGAGAGAGGCAGGAGCCGAGGCAGUACCUGCAGCGUCCGGGCACCAGAGCCACCUUGGAACGGGAACGCGUCUCCGGCGGCCGCUGGGCUGCGGCUCCGCCAAACUUUGGGGCGGGCGGGGCGGGCUGGGGCUCGGAGGGGGCUUUGUAGACCGAGGGCCGCCCCCUAACCAUGAUGUUUCGCGACCAGGUCGGGGUGCUGGCGGGCUGGUUUAAGGGCUGGAACGAGUGCGAGCAGACUGUUGCGCUGCUGUCGCUGCUCAAGCGCGUGAGCCAGACCCAGGCCCGCUUCCUCCAGCUCUGCCUGGAGCACUCGCUGGCCGACUGCACCGAGCUGCACGUCCUCGAAGGCGAGGCCAACAGUCCCGGAAUCAUUAACCAAUGGCAACAGGAAUCCAAGGAUAAAGUGAUUUCCCUCCUGUUAACUCACCUGCCUUUGCUGAAGCCAGGAAACCUCGACGCAAAAGUAGAGUAUAUGAAACUGCUGCCCAAAAUCCUGGCGCACUCCAUUGAACACAACCAGCACAUCGAGGAGAGCAGGCAGCUGCUGUCCUAUGCUUUGAUCCAUCCGGCCACUUCGUUGGAAGACCGCAGUGCUUUGGCCAUGUGGCUGAACCACUUGGAGGACCGCACGUCGACCAGCUUUGGCGGCCAGAACCGAGGCCGCUCGGACUCCGUGGAUUAUGGGCAGACGCACUACUAUCACCAAAGACAGAACUCCGACGACAAGCUUAAUGGGUGGCAGAACUCUCGGGAUUCUGGGAUUUGCAUCAACGCCUCCAACUGGCAGGACAAAAGCCUGGGGUGUGAGAAUGGCCACGUGCCCCUCUACUCCUCUUCAUCCGUCCCCACCACAAUCAAUACGAUUGGAACCAGCACAAGUACAAUUCUCUCAGGCCAGGCACACCACAGCCCUUUGAAACGAUCUGUGUCCCUUACCCCACCCAUGAAUGUGCCAAACCAGCCUCUAGGACAUGGAUGGAUGUCUCAUGAGGACUUACGAGCUAGAGGACCCCAGUGCCUCCCAUCCGAUCAUGCCCCCCUGUCACCACAAAGCAGUGUAGCCUCUUCAGGAAGUGGUGGGAGUGAACACUUAGAAGAUCAGACCACUGCUCGUAACACAUUCCAAGAAGAAGGUAGUGGUAUGAAAGAUGUUCCAGCCUGGUUAAAAAGCCUCCGCCUGCACAAGUAUGCUGCGCUCUUCUCCCAGAUGACCUAUGAGGAGAUGAUGGCCCUCACUGAGUGCCAGCUGGAGGCUCAGAAUGUUACCAAAGGUGCAAGACACAAAAUUGUCAUCAGUAUUCAGAAGCUCAAAGAGAGACAAAACCUCCUGAAGUCUUUGGAAAGGGACAUCAUCGAGGGGGGCAACCUGCGCAUCCCCCUCCAGGAGCUGCACCAAAUGAUCCUGACUCCCAUCAAGGCCUACAGCUCCCCGAGCGCCACCCCCGAGGCUCGCCGCCGGGAGUCCCAGGCCUCACACCCGCCUUCGCUGAUGGGCCCGGAGAGCCAGAGCCCCGACUGCAAAGACAGCGCCGCGGCCGCCGGAGCCACGGCCACUGCCUCGGCUGGGGCCAGUGGCGGGCUCCAACCGCACCAGCUGAGCAGCUGUGACGGGGAGCUGGCUGUCACCCCCCUGCCAGAGGGGGAUCUCCCUGGGCAGUUCACACGUGUCAUGGGGAAAGUGUGCACACAACUCUUGGUCUCCAGACCCGACGAGGAGAAUAUAAGUUCCUAUUUACAGCUCAUAGACAAGUGUCUAAUCCAUGAGGCAUUUACAGAGACACAGAAAAAACGAUUGUUGUCAUGGAAACAGCAGGUGCAGAAGCUCUUUCGGUCUUUCCCUCGGAAAACCCUUCUAGACAUAUCAGGAUAUCGACAGCAAAGAAACCGCGGCUUCGGGCAGUCCAACUCCCUCCCGACGGCUGGCUCUGUGGGCGGUGGCAUGGGCAGACGGAACCCACGCCAGUACCAGAUCCCCUCCCGGAAUGUCCCUUCCGCCCGCCUUGGCCUCCUGGGCACCAGCGGAUUCGUCAGCUCCACCCAGCGCAACACCGCAGCCAACCCCACCAUCAUGAAACAAGGAAGACAGAACCUCUGGUUCGCCAACCCCGGGGGCAGCAAUAGCAUGCCAAGCCGCACCCACAGCUCAGUCCAAAGGACCCGCUCGCUGCCUGUGCACACUUCACCACAGAAUAUGCUGAUGUUCCAGCAGCCAGAAUUCCAGCUUCCCGUGACUGAACCUGACAUCAACAACAGGCUGGAGUCCUUGUGCCUCAGUAUGACCGAGCACGCCCUGGGAGACGGGGUUGACCGGACCUCCACAAUCUAGAGCUGAAGAUGAGAGUGACCGCGCUGGCCGUGAAAUCGACUGCUGCGGGUCCAGUGUUAGCCAUCUUCAGGGUUGCACAGAAUCCUCCAAGAUACUUUGCAGCCUUUUUUUUUCCCCUGGUCCCUCUCCCAUUUUGAUUUUAUGAGAGCGUAGGUCGUCCUUGUAAACAUAUCAGUAGACCUGGGAUUGGUUAUUUUGUCAUUUGUUUCUGUCGUGGGAUGGCUUGGUGUGGGGCAUGGGGAGGGAUCUCUAAGGGAAACAUAGGACUGGGAGCGGGUGGAGGGAAUGCAAGUGGCUUCCUGGAUGGAAAUGAGGGGGAAAAAAAAGAGGGUACCGCUUGGAAAGAGAUGAGAGACUUGGGAGGGAGGCAGAAGCCCCAGCCCUUGGGAGCCUUCUCAGAAGCCUGCCUUCAGAGUCAGGCCCCAGGAGGAAGGCACGGAUGCCUGCGACCAAAGCACAACGGCGGCUCGCUCUUUUAUGUCUCCCCUGAUUGGAUUCCCUGAGGCCCCUGCUUGAAAUCCAGCCGCAGAAGAAGUCCACAUGGCAACGGGGGCAGGAAGGGAGAAAUUCCCUCCAACAAAAUUUCAGAUAAACUUUGAUUUGUGUAUUGUUUACAUAACAAUUUUAAAGGGUACAUAAUGUGUAAAGAGUUGGGAUAGAACUUUUCUUCAUACUAUGGUUUUUGUAAAGGAUUUGUUGCUAUGGAUUCAUUUUUUUCCUCUAUUUUUAUAAUAGCAGCAGGGUCGUCUUUUUAAAUGGCUGCCAAGCUCUGCUUCUCGGGAAGACGGAGCGGUCACGUAGGCCUGAGUUGUGUCUCCCACCUGUGGGUGGGGGAAGUGUGUAGGUGGAGUUGAGGAUGUGGCUGGAGUGGGCGGAGCAGUGGGAAGGGCGCCACCAUGUGAUCGGUUAUGGGAUUGCGCGCAGUCACCUAGAGAGUCUAAAGGAAUCCUGCUGCCCUUUCUACGCUGGAUUUGCUUCUCACCCGGAGAACCUCAUUCUCCCCACCCUACCAUGGGGUGUCAUCCUAUCACUCCUGGCCUCGCUACACACACACACACACACACACACACACACACACACACACACACACACACACACACACACAGGUGGGUACAAGUUUCACUGGAGGAGAAAAGGCAAGGAUGAAUAUUUUUCCCUAGCAAGAGGCCUUAAUACCCAGAUAAUAAGCUCAAAAGGCCAGUUUUGGGGGGUUGCUCGCAGGAACCCCAGCCUGGGGGCUGCAGCCCCUUGGCUCGCUCACCGCUGAGGAAGAGGAGAAGAGCAAGGUCCGGCAACAGUGUAUAAACGGUCAGUCAGCAAGUGGCAGAGAGAGCUGCGGGGAGACGUCCCAGGUGGGCAGUGGAAGAAGAUGUGAGAAAGGUCGACUUCAUGAUGGAAAUGAUGAUUCUAUCACGUACGUCAGGGAUUUGCUGUGUUGUCGGCUGAUUUAUCCACCCACACGGAAGGGAGACAAAACUACUACUUACAUGGUGAGAGAUUAACAAACUACGCUACCACGAAGUAAUAGCUCUAUUUCUUAAGGGCAAGAAAGACUACGUUUGGAAUUUGAUGCAAUGGAGGGUAUUAGAGGAAAUCCAAGAGGAAAUGUGCUCUGCGCUGGAAAAUUGGGUUGUGUAAGUGAUGGUGUGACAGCUCAGCCAGAGGCGAGAUCAGGGAGAUGGUAGGAGGCAUGUUUAUUGAAUGGGUGUCUGGUACAAUUUUUUGGGUUUGUGUUUUAGCAAAGUCAGAGUCGAAAUUAAAGAGAUCAGACCAUGAAAAUCACUGCGUUUGCUUGGGGUUAUUUUUUUAAAUAAUGAAGUAAAUACAAUUUAAAAGGCCUUAAUGAAAUCCAAACAGCUUCCUUCUACCUUCAAGAUUGAAAAUGUACACCCAACACAGCCUUGGAUGUUGUGAAGCUUGCAAAGUCUUCUUAAGGUCUAGAAUGUGGGAACAUCUUAACCACAGAGAGCCUUUAGCAAGCAAAGAACACAUGAAUCCACAACAUCCUGCACUGCAUUUUUUUAAAAAGAGUGGGGCUCUCCAUGGGUGACUAUGUUCUAAAGAUGCAAAUUCAUUUGCAGAAAGAGGCAGCAUUUUUUAGUUGAUAUUUUUUAACCAAGUGCCAUUAACAUUCAUCCUCCACUUCCCUUUUCUAAGCAAGCUUAGGGUUACUUGGGGAAUGUGUUGGGAUGGACGAUCAUGUGUGAGCCGGGAAGGACAGGUCAAAGAUGUUGAAGGCCAAAGGCAAGACCAGAGGGUUUGCGAAGGUGUGUUUUGGAUGCUAAGAACGUUAAUGGAAGAAAAAAACAAUGGUAUAACACAUCUUGUGGAGAAGUUAAAAAGCAUUCAGAUCUGCUGCAAAACACAUAUAUCCAUAAACACUCGGGUUGUUCAGAAAACAGAUUGUGAACACAAUCACAUUAGCAUGAAUCCUUUAAAAGGAAGAAGACCUUAAAGUAUUUGCAAAUCUGAAUUUCUAUUUAUUCCUUCACUGAAUAUAGAAACAAUGGUUAUCUGAUUAUUAGAGAUAUUAUUUUGGAUAUGUUACUUAUUAACUUGCUAUGGCUGGUAACCAUGAUAAAGUCUGUUAUUAAUAACAACAUAAUUCUUUUUUUAAAAGAAAAGCUUAUUUUUCAUUGACUGUGUAUAGAUUUAUCUACUUAGUUGUGUUUUGCUCUUAGUUUUCAUUUUUUUUUAAGUUGAGUGUUCUGAUAAAUUUUAGGAGCCUGUCCCCACCUUGUUUUGAGUCCUGUGUUGACUGCAGGUAUACAGCUCAAUCUAAAAAUCCUAAAGCAAAAGAACUUUAUUUAUAAAAAAAAAAAAAAAAAAUCAAACAGUUGCAUGCAUAUAAGGCUGUGAAGUCGGAUAUUUAGUAAUAAAGCGGCAGUGCCUUUUUUUGUAUUUACCCAUUGACCCCCAAAUGCAACUGUUUUAUAUUAAGUAAAUAGUAAACAUUAAAAAUCUCAGAGUAAAAUCUAUUUCACUACAUGGGUUUUUUUUCUCCCCUUGUUCUGAUUUAAGCAGUGUGUAUUUGACAUCUCUACAUUGUCCCAGGGACAGUGGUGUUCUACGAUAUUGUUAUCAUGUAUGAUGUUUUAUUGGUGCUUUUUAUUCAUAGUGGUUUCUUACCAGAAACAGUAGGAAGACACACAUGAACUGUGUACAAGAAAUGAAACAUUGCUGCUGAUAUGUUUUGUUUUGUUUUCCACAUGCUUUUUGAGUUUCACUUUUUAAACCAAGGGCCAGCAAACAAAAUAGAUGCCCUGAAGAGGGCGGCUGUUUGCACCAAGCUCUCCAAUGCUGUGUAUUGACGGUCCCUUUUUGGUACUCAGGAUUGGAGCUAGAGCUGGGCCCCCUCUCCCAUUCAUUUGAAGAGACACUGAGGGAAACAAGGUUUUCUUUUGAGGUGUCGUCGGCUGCCUUUUACGGAAUGGGAGCCUUCUCCGGGUCUUCUGUUCUUCUGCCCCUCUUGUAGCUACUGCCAGUGCAAGGUUUGUAGAUGCAUGUUCCCCCUCUGGAACCGGGAUCUCCCUGAGAGCCUGGGCUGGGGGCUGAGCUGGGUUGAAUGCAUAGGCGCACAACCAGAAGGGCAGCGAGGGGAGGAGAAAGCAGCCCCCAUCUCGGUGGCCCUCUGGGGAUGUCUUGGGCAGGUGGCCCCAGCUUGGGUGCAGGGAAGCAGCCUAACCAAGGCGUUCAGGUGUGCCUGUUACAAGAAGGCCCUGGGGAAGGAUAAUUUGCACAUGGGGCUGUGAUAACACUAAUGUUGAUUUUUUGUUUUACAAGUCAUCAGAGAUGUUUGCAAAGUGAGUUUUAUUUUUUUGUAAUUCCUUUAUCUUUACUUAAAGGUGAAUGUGUAUUCCUCUGGGAGGAAUAGGAAGAAAACAGGAAUGUUAAUAAUGUCAAACAGAAGACUUCCUCCCUUAUUAAUAUAUAACCCUCAUGUAUUUAUGCCUAAUGUAAGCUGACUUUUAAAAAGCUUUCUUUUGUUGCAUGCCCCGUGCAGGCAUCCCUAUUGUACAUGCAUGCCUUUCGUCCUGUUUUCCUGUAUAAAGUUAGUGAACAAAGAACUAUUUUUGCCUAGUUCAUGUUGCCAAGCAAUGCAUAUUUUUUAAAUUUGUCAUAUAUGGAAAUAGCAUGUUUGUUACAUGUAAAAGCUUUACUGAUAUACAGAUAUACUAAUGUUUGAAGAAGCUGUUCUUUGCAAGUGUACAGUUUUCAAAUGUUACCAGUGAAACACCCUUGUGGUUUAAACUUGCUACAAUGUAUUUAUUACUCAUUUCCUCCCAUGUAACUAAGAAUCAUGGCUAUAUUUCAUAUCAACGUUAUAUUGAAAGUGAAGGGAAAUGAUUAAUACAAGGUUUUGUAACACU